UGCAUUAUUAUCGUUGUUAUUAUUUAUAUUCUCGAAAGUGUGACGCUGAUGUUUAUUUUUCCUUAAAACAAUCAAAUAAAGAAGUAUAGAGCAAGUUGAUUACUUCGGUAUAAUUCGUUUUUGCGAAUUUGCGACCGUCUUCAUUUAAUACGCUAUAGUCACUAGCCGGUAGAUCUACGACAGCAACAAUGUCCAGCGAUUCGAUUAAAACAUUCAACAAUGUGGAGUCACCUGGAUUCGUUGGUUUUGCCAACCUGCCGAAUCAAGUGCACCGUAAGUCCGUGAAAAAAGGCUUUGAAUUUACGCUUAUGGUGGUCGGAGAAUCAGGUCUUGGAAAGUCUACGCUUGUCAACAGCCUUUUCUUAACAGAUUUAUAUCCCGAACGCACCAUUCCAGAUGCCAUUGCAAAAACCAAGCAGACUGUUAAAUUAGACGCAUCAACUGUAGAAAUUGAAGAGCGUGGCGUGAAGUUACGACUAACUGUAGUCGAUACUCCUGGUUUUGGAGAUGCCAUAGAUAAUUCUGAUAGUUUUCGAGCUAUUAUUCAAUAUAUUGAUGAGCAGUAUGAACGAUUUUUAAAAGAUGAAAGUGGAUUAAACAGGCGUCACAUUAUUGAUAAUCGUGUUCAUUGUUGUUUCUAUUUUGUUUCUCCAUUUGGUCAUGGAUUAAAGCCAUUGGAUAUUGAACUAAUGAAAAAACUGCACAACAAAGUGAAUAUUGUUCCUGUUAUUGCCAAAUCAGAUGUCCUUACUAAAAAAGAAAUACAGAAAUUAAAAAAAAGAAUACUAGAAGAAAUUAAUGCUAAUGGCAUAAAGAUUUACCCUCUACCCGAUUGUGACAGUGAUGAAGAUGAAGAUUACAAAGAACAGGUGAAGCAAUUGAAAGAAGCUGUACCAUUUGCUGUCUGUGGUGCUAAUCAAUUAUUGGAAGUCCGUGGUAAAAAAGUCAGAGGGCGGUUCUAUCCUUGGGGUGUUGUUGAAGUAGAAAAUCCUGAACAUUGUGACUUCAUCAAAUUACGCACUAUGCUUAUCACACACAUGCAAGAUCUUCAAGAAGUAACACAAGAAGUACAUUAUGAAAACUACCGAUCAGAACGUCUAGCAAAAGGAGUACCUGUGCCAAAAAGAACUACAUCACUUCCUGAGCAUGAGAAAAAUUCUGGCUCAGAAAAAGAUAGAAUUUUACAAGAAAAGGAGGCUGAACUUAAACGUAUGCAAGAUGUCAUUGCCAAAAUGCAAGCUCAAAUACAACAACAAACACCUUAAUAUAAUUUCAAUAUUAACAAUUUACAAAUUUAUCCAAUGACUGUUUAGAGAAAAAUAUCUCUUAAUUCCAUGAUGCCAUUAUUCAAACUAUUUUAUUCUUAUGAUCAGUAAGAUUACAGAUUAAAUUAUAAUUUUAUAUUAAGAUAUACCUAAACUAUAAUUAUUGUUCAAUAAGUAUUUUUAACAAUUGAUAUUUAAAUUGUAUUAUUUACAAAUUUCCAAUAUUAUCAAAACUGCACAAGUAGAUAACAUACCAAGCAGUGCCUUUCCAAAUUUUGUCCAAUUUUGAGCAGUUCAGUAUAUUAAAUUAAUUUUUAUCAUAAAACUGAUCUAAGAAACAAAUUAAUGGCUUAUAAUUUUAACAUAAUAUUUUAUUUGAAUAAAUUAAUCAUAUUUUAUCUAACCCUUAGUUAA